AUGGAUGCUAAAAAGUCAACGAAAUGCACUUUGACUUCCUUACCAGUUUUGAAAGAAAGAAAGAAAGAGAAUUUCACCACUACGAAGCGAAAUACCAUAGCUCUGAAGAGCCCUACUUUUCCUUCUGAGAUCCACAGGAUUGAUGGUAAGCCUCUGAUUCAGGUCCAGAAGCUGUCUUCCAAUAUCAAGAACCCCAGGACGACCAAAUUCUCGAAUAAGAAUACAAACACCGGCAUUAUUUCACUCCCUUUUGUGGACACCAAGGAGACGAAAAACAUGGUAAACUUCCCAAGCAUUAGCAACAAAAUCCUACUGAAGCCACCUGCAUCGUAUAGGGAGAGUCAAACUCAUAAUCAGAUGCCAUCCUCUGAGCUCAAAGUUUCAGAAAUGCCUCUCCACUCUACCAUUAAAAUCCAGGACACCAAGUCGGAGGAGAAAUCACCAAGGAAGCACAAGCCGGCUCUGACAGCGGCAGAGGCCCUAAAGUCUUUUAAGCACCAGCUGUCUCCUUAUGAGCAAAGUGAAAUCCUGGGCUACACAGAGAUAUGGUUCCUGGGGCUGGAAGCCCAGAAACUGAACGUGGCUCCUGAGAAGUUCAGCAAGACAAGUUUUGAUGAUGACCAUGGCUCCUAUAUGAAGGUCCUGCAUGACCACAUUGCCUACCGCUACGAGGUCCUGGAGAUGAUCGGAAAAGGGUCCUUUGGACAGGUGGCCAAGUGCUUGGAUCACAAAAAAAAUGAGUUCGUGGCCCUGAAAAUCAUCAGGAACAAGAAGAGGUUUCACCACCAGGCCCUGGUGGAGCUGAAGAUCCUGGAGGCUCUCAGAAGGAAGGACAAAGACAACAACCACAACGUGGUGCACAUGAAGGAUUUUUUCUACUUCCGCAACCACCUCUGCAUCACCUUCGAACUCCUGGGAAUCAACUUGUAUGAGCUGAUGAAGAAUAACAGCUUUCAAGGCUUCAGUCUUUCCAUAGUUCGGCGCUUCACGCUUUCUGUUCUCAAGUGCUUGCAAUUGCUUUAUGUAGAGAAAAUCAUUCACUGUGAUCUCAAGCCUGAAAACAUAGUGCUAUACCAAAAGGGCCAAGUCUCUGUUAAAGUCAUUGACUUUGGAUCAAGCUGUUAUGAACACCAGAAAGUGUAUACCUACAUCCAAAGUCGGUUCUACCGAUCCCCGGAGGUGAUCCUGGGCCACCCCUACAACAUGGCCAUUGACAUGUGGAGCCUUGGCUGCAUCAUGGCGGAGUUGUACACAGGCUGCCCUCUGUUCCCAGGGGAGAAUGAAGUGGAGCAGCUGGCCUGCUUCAUGGAGGUCCUGGGCCUGCCACCAGCCGACUUCAUCCAGACGGCCUCCAGAAGACAGACAUUCUUUGAUUCCAAAGGUUUUCCUAAAAAUAUAACCAACAACAGGGGGAAAAAAAGAUACCCGGAUUCCAAGGAUCUCACGAUGGUGCUGAAAACCUAUGAUACCAGCUUCCUGGACUUUGUUAGAAAGUGUUUGAUAUGGGAACCUUCUCUUCGAAUGACCCCUGACCAGGCCCUCAAGCAUGCUUGGAUUCACGAGCCACGGAACCUUAAACCACAACUCAGGACCAAGACUGCAAGAAAGAAUACCUUAUGUUUCCCCUCUGAGCCAAGGAAGGACAAGUUUCGAGGGUAUCAUCACUCGGGCAAAAAAGAUGAGACCACCAAAGAGACUGCAGACAAAAUAAAAGAUGGCACCACUAAGCAUGUCCCGAAUUCAGGUGACCAGCAGGGCUCUGCCCACCACACGGCUGACGUUGUCCAGCUGCCUCUUCUAACAGAAGCUCCCAAGAAGCCAGAGGCAGUUGUGCCAGCGGUGUCCAUGACCUCCACAGAACAAAGCAAAAACUCCUCCCCCAAGAACACAAACAUUUUUCCACCAAUUGUAUGACCUUUGAUGAGGGUGUGUCCUAUUCCUUUCCACCAGUGAUUUGUAUUAGAGACAGCACUUAUAUUGUACAAUACUUCAGAUUGUUGUUUUUUAAUACAUAAAAGUUUGUUUAAAAAAA